AAAAAUUUUAUUUUUAAAACACGUAUUAAUAGAUCGCUUUAAACUUUGAAAGCGAUCUAGAAUACGAUCUUGAGAUGCUGUUUUGUAUGAAAACAGUAUCUCAAGAUCACAGUCUCAGAGUUGAGAGCGAUCUAUUGAUACGGGCACUGUAAAAUUCAUGAUAGUACAUAUACAUAAAGCUUUUAGGAGGUUUAGGACCGAAUCUUAAAAGUUACAACCCUUUGCCUACAUUUUUGUCUACUUAAAGCAGGGAUGAGCAAACUUUUUCGUUAUCCUUCCAAUACUUACUAUCAAUCUAUGGCGAGCCGAGUUUCUGCUCAGGCCACUUAAGAUUUCGGUAAGUAUGCUCCUAAGUUUGCUGCGAAGUAAACAGGUAGGGCGCGCGGUAGAUCACCUAUGCGCAGGAUCGAUCAGAUAAAAGCGGCACUGAACCACGGUAAUAUUAUCAGAUAAUAUUACCGUGACUGAACGGUCCACUUCACGAAUGCACGAGGAAGGCCGCAGUGCGGGAGGAAUGGCGGCGUAUUGUGAGGCGCCCUACCAAUCCUGAAGUGAUGACCAAGACCACUCUGUCAAGAGUGUAGCGCCGAAGAAGAAGAAAUAGGCAGGCACCAGGUUUGGCAGCAGGGUUGUUCUUGUCGGAACGUGUCAAAAUCUUUUUUGUGAGAACAUUUGAUUUCAACCAUUCGAAGGCCGUAGGUGCCCCGCGGUCCAUGGUUUUUGCUCAUCCCUGACUUAAAGUAUGGAUGUUUUAUUUUCAAAAUUUCAUUAUUUAUUCUGUUAUCGAUAAUAAAUUAUCUCUUUUAAUUGCAGAUAUGUUUACUAUCGAUUCCGUUAGGCAACUUAGCGAGGGUCAUAUCAUCUCCGAGAAAAGCAAGGUUAACUUUAGGGGAACCUUCGCCAAGCUAUUACUUCACAAAUAUUGAUGGAUAUCCCGGGACAUAUGCGUUCGGUUACGACAUAAGUGAUCCACACACUGGAAAUGUGCAGUUUAGGAACGAGGAGAGAUAUCCGAACGGCACGGUUAUGGGUAAUUACGGAUACAUUAAUGCCAAUGGGCAGUAUCAAAGUUAUCGAUACGUGGCUGAUGACAAGGGUUAUAGGGUGAUGAAUAAUUUAGAAUACCCUCCAACUUUACGACCUACUCAAGUGGAUGCUAGUGGUUUCGAAUCAUCAAUAACUUGGUCCCGUCCAAAGAAGAGCAAAACUAAUCCCAAUUACAUCACGAAACUCCCGAUAAAAAAGCAAAUCAAUGCAAACAAUGUCUUACUACCACCAAGUCACCCAAUAGUAAAAUCUGAUAUUGAAAAUAAACUUGCAAAAGAUGAAAAGCGAUUUCCUAACGGGACGAUAAUAGGUAAAUAUUCUUACACUGAUAACGAUGGGAAUCCUAUACAUGUGAAAUAUUAUGCCGAUGAUGGUAGUUAUGGGGUUGAAUUGAAAAGUAUUAAAAUCUUGAGCGGUACUACAACCAAUCCGUUAAUGCUGAACUUUCAAUCGCCUUCUACAGAACCAUUAUUACAGAAUUCAGAAUUGUCUUUGGGGAAGUCAUCUGACUUUUAUAAUCCCAUCAACAUCAAAUAUAAGACAAGUGAUACCUUUGAAAUACUAAAUAAAGAAGAUAUUAAAAGCACUGCCGAUAAGAGCAGUGAUAAAGUUAGUCCAGAUUAUGAAAUUUUGUUUCGAAAUGAAUUGAAAACUCCCAAGAAAUGCGGCAAAGAUAAAGUUCGCAUUUAUUUGGAUAAAGAGAAAAGGAAGAUACGUGACGUGUCCAAAAGUUAUAUGGAAGCUGAGCAGUUCUGUAAUCAGCUGUGA